AUGGACAGUCUAGCAGAUCUCCAGCAGCAGCCUGUUGCAGCAUCACCUCCCAGUCAAGAAUCAGGUCAGAGCCUCCCAGGCCUGAAAGAGACUCUUGGAAAGGAGUAUCACGCUCGCCGACCCAUUGCACCCGGUCCGCCACCGGCUCCCGAGCUCUUUAUCCCAGGACAAACUGAACUCUACUUGGACGACCUCCCAAUCAGGACAUAUCAGAUCGGAGAGAACCACUACAACAUGCAGCAACCACCUCAUGAAACGAGGAGUGAAUUCCACCGGACCACCAUUGACCGCAGAACUAUUACCUACACACUAGAAGUCGUCCAGCAACCAGAGAAAGCUCGAGCAUGUGGCUCCGGUAACAAAUCUUCCAAUGACCGCAGACCAGUCGACCCGCCACCUGUUGUCGAGCUCAAGAUCUUUAUCAAUGGAACCGAAGCGACCAUGAUCUACGACGCCACGUUCAUGCUCUACGCCAGCUUGGAGGUCGCUCGACCAAUUGCCGCCGGGAAGAUGCACACACCUACUGCUAUCCCUGUGUUAGCUGGUGUCACCGUUGCGAGCGCCGCUUAUUUGGAGAAGCCAAAGCGCGCUGCGUACUUCAUAUUCCCUGACCUGUCUGUUCGGCACGAGGGUUGGUACCGUCUUCGAUUUUCUCUCUUCGAAGGCGUCAAACACGAUAUCGAUGCCGACAUGGGAAACCCCUUUGAUCGCACUCUGAGAGUUGACAGCGUCAACGCGCCGGUCCGCCACGAAGGCGUUUUCAACCGGAUGGAUGUCUUGUCCACGCCCUUCCAGGUCUACAGCGCGAAGAAGUUCCCAGGUCUCGAUCAGAACACCGAACUGAGUGUCCUAGUGGCCGACCAGGGCUGCCGAGUACGCAUUCGACGUGAUGUCCGGCAAAGAAAGAGACGCCCAAAGGCUGGCGCUGAUGGGGACGAAGCUCCCAGCUCCUAUCAAGGUACACCUCAUGCCAACUACCAAGCUCUCGAUCACUCUAGAUCCGCCAGUCGCGACAGCCUCGGUAGCCAGUACGACAGGAGGGAAUCCGUCGACAGUGUUCAUGGCCGGUCCGCUGUUCCAAACCGACAGAUUUCCGGGCUCUCGCUGCCAAUGACGAGCCCUCUGCUGCCAACACCUUCGACAUCAAUGCCGCCUCCUUCUGCGUAUGGGCAGUUUGCGACACCUAGGCCUUCAUUUGAUCAGAUCCCGCGGCCGGGACUUCCUCCGAUGUCUUCUCGCCCUGGACAACAAAGCCAGUCAAUUGUCCCAGGCGUGAUGACCAGGGACUCCGAAUCAAAGUUCACGCUGCCGCCACUGCUCCAGCCCCCCAAUAGCAGCGACCUGAAGCAUGGUCCACUCGCACCGAGGUACAAUAUGCCUGCACCCGCUUCGAUGAAAAGGCCUUUCCGCUCGAGCGAUUACGGAUACCAACCACCUCUCAAGUCUGGAGCUCGACCAGACACAUUUUCGUCCGCAUAUCCCGCUCCUGCGGCACCUGGCGCGCUCGACAUUAUCGAGCCUGACGUUGGUGGCGGUGAGGACGAUGACGAUGAAGAGACACAACGUUUGUUGAAAGGUGAUUUGGUAUAUACCGCUGCCGACGGUACAAGUAAACGCGUCAUCGAGAGAGAUGGCAACUUCUACCGACCUCAGACAUGA